CGGCCAGAGUACACUAACAAACACCUCGUUGCAAUCAAAAGAAUGAAAAAGUCGUUCAAAGAUUGGAAAGAAUGCGAGAAACUGAAAGAACUAAAAUCACUCCUGGCUAUCCCACAGCACCCAAACCUUAUCCCUUUGUAUGACGCCUUCCUGCACCCUACAACCAAAGAACUCUACUUUGUUUUUGAGUCGAUGGAGGGUAACCUCUAUCAACUCACAAAGUCUCGUAGAGGUAGACCACUCGCUCAGGGUUUGGUGGCUUCUCUUUUCAGACAAACAGUCGCAGGUCUCUCCCAUAUCCACAGGUCUGGUUACUUUCAUAGGGACAUGAAACCAGAAAACCUUCUUAUCACUACAACUGGUUUGACAGAUUACCCCUCACUGUCAAAUUCCCUAGAGAGGGACGUCACAGUCAUCGUCAAGUUGGCUGAUUUUGGUUUAGCCCGCGAAUCUGACAGUAAACCUCCUUACACUGAAUAUGUCUCUACUCGUUGGUAUAGAGCCCCCGAAGUUUUACUACGCGCAAAGGACUAUGGUCCACCAGUCGACUUAUGGGCUUUAGGGACUAUACUAGCCGAAAUUGUAAACCUCAAACCUUUAUUCCCAGGUCAAAGUGAAGUUGAUCAAGUUUACAAAAUAUGUCACGUAUUGGGUAACCCAACAUCACAAUCUACCUAUCAUCCAGUCACAAACACUUUAAUAGGAGGCGGUGAUUGGCAACAUGGUUUGAAAUUAGCUGCAACAAUUGGUUUCCAAUUCCCUCAGGUGGGUCUCCAAUCAGCAGCUUUCUUUUACUAA